AUGGGCAUUGCGACGGAAAAGGCGACCGAGCAAACGAAGGACAAUGAACUGGAGAGACUGCGGCAGGAAUUUUACCACAUGUUAGCAAAGGAAAAAGAAAGGGCAGAGCAGAGGGAAAGGCAGGAGGAGACAAUAAAGAACCUGGAAAAGCAGCUCCAAGAGGAGAAAAGAAAGGGCCAGGAGACGACGUCUGUGGAGCAUGAGAAUGCCCUGCUGAAAGGGGAGCUCCAGCGGGCCAAGGAAAAUCAGCAACUUGAGAGGCUGCGAGAGGAAAUUUCCCAAAUGCUUAUCAAGGACAAAGAGAAGGAACAGCAGAGGGCAAAGCAGGAUGAGAGGAUGAAGAAACUCGAGAAAGAGCUCCAGAAGGAGAUGAAAAUGGAUGAGAUGAUGACGUCUGUUGAGCGAAACUUUUGUGAUUACGCCUGCAUCUACUCAUUCUUGCAGAGACACGAUAGACAUUGCCGAUCAGAGCAGUAUCGUGUCCACCGUCUAGCGUACAUCUCUAAGGAAGGUCCUCGAGAAGUGGAUUUCACAGAUAUUGAACAGCGAUCUAGCGGUGCUCAGAAAGGAUUCGUCUCCGGCGUGUUAUCUACGUUUGAGACGAAGCAGAGUGAAGGGGAAACAAAAAAUGCCUUGGGAACAGAGCAGAUAAAACAAGAAACUCUAUACGGGAAAGAAGACGAGGUGGCUCAAUAUGAAGGAAAGAAGAAGUUGAAGUUACGAUAUACAUCAAAGGCAAUAAUGGAGAAUUGGGAAAGGAACCAGGGAAAGAGGCCCCCCAUUCCGAAGAAAAGAAAGGGGCAGCUGCAUCCAGAUAUGAUCUCUGGGAGUGAUUCAUGUGAAUAUCACGGGGAAACUUCUAAUUUUCUGACCUUGAGAGCCGUGCAUACAUCUGACGAUCUGGACGCUAAAGUGAAUCUUCUCACCCUAGCACUCCAAGAUCAAGUCCUUCGAUGGUUCCCCACUCAGAGAAUCCGCAUCAGUUUGCGAGAUAAACCAUGGAUGUCGGCAAAAGUUAAACAACUUAUCCGCCUCCGUCAGCAUGCCUUCCACUCCAAGCAUUACCCAGAACAUCGUCGAUUGACCAUCUUGGUAAAACAAAAGAUCUCCUACGCAAAGCGCACAUUUUAUCAGACCAAGAUCAGCCUGCUUCGGACGUAUGACCCAAAGAAGUGGCACAACAGAGUUGAGUCCAAUUGCGGAAUACCCCGAACAGCCUCCACCUUUUCCCACAUCACUGAAAUUGCUGGACAAGACACGAAGGAGGCUGCGAAACUUAUAAACUCAUAA